CAAUUCAAGGUUGCACAAUAAUGUGUUACAUGACCUGACCAAGGUGCGUUUGGUAAGAAAACUUCUGUUUAUGCGACCUUACUUCGUGUGUCCUAACAUUACCAGUUAUCCGAGAUGUCUACAACAGCAGGACGACUUUUCAGCAGUCUGACACGCGCUGCUUUCAGUCGAGGGAAAAGUGUUCAUAAUGCGACACCGACCGUUGGCAGAUUUAAAAGUGUGCAGUCCCUCGCUCUGAGCUCUCAGAAGUCAACCGAGUCCAAAGAUGGCGAUACAGACGUGAACAAUGGGCCCAUCAAGUUCUCCACCAGUUUAGCCAGUCACCGAACUUGGAAAGUCGAACGCGCCAUGGGGAGCAACUUUACGCGGCCCUGGCGGAAGGUCCUUCCCUUCAUGGUGGUAUUCUCCAGCAUCAUACUGUGGUGUGCACUGAGAAGCGAGACGGACAUUGAUGUAAAGCUGGAUAAGCAUCUGCUUGAGUAUUUACCCAACUUGCUUCCAGAUGAAGAGGAGGGAGAAGACCAAGACUAAAAUGUUAACAAAUGUGGAAUUUAGUGUGUGUAUAUAUCUUUCAGGUUAUAUUUAUUAACUGUCUUAGUGUUUCAGACUGGCUCCAACUCAUUGCUCUGACACUGCAGCAGCAAAGCAGUCUUGUGCUACUGAAACAGUGAAAAUGAGCAUGACCAUGCAUUGCCUUUCAAGUUCUAAAUCUGAACAUAUGGAUUAAAAUGAGUAUUCAAACCAUAC